CCUGCCCUGACAUCAACAGCAAUCAGCUGAUCGAGAACCCCAAGAGGGCGAAAUGUCUCAACCCGGAACCAAAUUUUUUACUUAUCGUUAAUUUUCUACCUCGAUAUACCACUUAGCACUCAACUAAUAAAUUAAACUCAUCAAAUAAAAAUUUCGUCCAACUACUUCAAUUUUUAUCAAAUAUAAUAUCGAUAGAGUUAAUUCUCCUCGAUGUUAAAAUUUCCCCGAUUUUCUACCAUAACAAAGUGAUGAAGUGAUUAAUUUACUCUAUUAAUGUAUCAACCUUAAUUAUUAAUUGAUUAAAGUGAAUUAAGCAACAAAGAGGCUUGAUGACUGGAAACGAUCAGAAAGUGAUGAAGACCGGAUCGAAUGAUCGAUGAUGACCGAGAAAGAAGGAAAAAUCGAGUUUGUGACGGAGGAGUGUCCCAUAAAGCCUCGGAAAUUUCUACCUCAGAACAUCGUGAUAAGACUGCGUCGUCGAGAGACAAUCGGUUGUCUCCAUCCAGGAACUCACGUUAUAAAUUCUCGACAGUUUUACCAGAAUGUAUUCCCAAAUUAUACGGUUGUCAACGUGGAGAAGCCCCCGUGUUUCCUCAGGAAGUUCAGCCCCGAUGGCAGGUAUUUAGUGGCCUUCAGUGCUGAUCAGACUUCAAUCGAAGUCUACAAGUACGAGGGUGCAUCGGCUGCAGCUGAAAUACUCGUCGAGUGUGGAGGAGAAUUCGUGGGUGAUAAGAACGAUGACAGAUCAUUUUCCAUCAGGAGCAGUAUUUUUCACCGAUUUUUUAAACCCAAAUGCGUUGUUAAUGUUGUGGACAGUAAUGAGCAAUUGAACAGAGAAUGCAGUUUAUUUACUGAUGAUGGACGUUACGUUGUGGUGGGAUCAGCUAAACAUAUUCCUGAAGACUUGAGACCCCAUUUUUACCAGAUUUAUUCAAACAAUGAGGCCCUCACACCCAAUCCUCGAUCACCCCUCGAGGACUACUGCCUUCACCUGGUUGAUCUGAGAGGUGGAAAACUCUGUGAUACUAGACGUUUUUAUACCGAUAAAAUUUAUCUGUCCCAUAAUCAAGGGCUCUAUUUGUACAAAGAUAUAUUAGCUGUUCUCUCGGUUCAGCACCAGACCAUUCACAUUUUCCAGAUACUCGAUGGUAUGUUCAUCAAUGUUAGAACGAUUGGGAGAUUUUGUUUGGAGGAUGAAGCCUAUCUGGUAGCAUCUGCAUGGCCUGGUGGCAACUCUCGGCCUUUUAGAGAUGGAACUAUUAAUUCUCUCAAGCACAAACUAUUGGUUUAUCUCUACAAAAGGGCAGCCUACAUCAGUGAUAACGAGAGAAAUCCCUACGAGCUUCGCAGAUUCUAUCAGUACUUCGAUCAAUACAAUGCCCUGAGGAUGUGGAAGAUGCAGCUACUGGAUACGAAUCACAUCCUGGUGAGGUAUGCCAGUGAAGAAGUAGCCACUCUUCAGGCAAACGAUCCAAAUGCUCACCCUGCACUUCUAGUUGUCUACGACAUGGUGUCAGCUAGAGUUUUGGCAGCUUAUGACAAUGCCUCCUCUCACAUGCUCACACAGUUGGAGAAUUUCAGUGACUUUUUUCGAAAUGCUGACUGCCAGUACAUCUGUUCACCCUCCAACAAUAUUUACGCUAGAUUGAUGCAGCAGAGGUUUAAACAGACUAUUGUAUCAGCGAGGUAUGGUGGUGUGACAGAGGCCACGAAGAGAUUACUCUCUCAAUUACCCAUCUGUGCACAAUCAUAUUCCAGCUCGCCUUACCUCGAUCUGUCACUCUUCUGUUAUGAUGACAAAUGGGUAUCGAUGAUGGAGAGGCCCAAAGCCUGUGCUGAGCAUCCAAUCAGGUUUUAUGCUAGAGACUCGGGUCUCCUGAAAUUUCGAAUGUACGCUGGAAUGCUGGGAAGGACAACUCCUGUCGUUGCCAGACGUCUCGUUGCAUUCACUUUUCAUCCGACUGAUCCAUUCGCCAUUUCUGUUCAGCGAACGAACGCUGAAUAUAUUGUUAGUUUUCAUGUUCGUCAUAUUUGAAUGAUCUUAAUUAUUUUAAUAAAAAAAAUAUUGAGAACA